ACACCGAAAAACCCUACCCGCCCGCGGCAAAGCCGCCCUAACUCUUUUCUUAUCUUCUUCACCUCACUACACAAACCGCAUCGUGCCUUCGCCUUCCACUGCGAUUCCGCCUGCAAAAAAGUUUCUGGUUGCAGCCUCCUCUCCUGUUUCUUCGAUUCAUUCCACCCCAGAGAAGCCGAACUCUCCUUCCUCCUUCUCACUCGCCUCUCUGUUCGCAUAGCCCUGCUCACAAUCGAAGCCCCUCCUGUCUCUCUUCUUCCUCGCUUGACCGAACCCCAAUUCCUCCGCCGUCCUCCCAUCCGAGCCGGGACAGAGCUGCGCAAGACUCCUCCCAGGUCCGGCCCUCUCUCCGACGCCGAAUCCCCUUUCGUUCCUCUCUCGCAAAGAUGACAGAACACUUUCAAGAUUCCAUUUUUUCUGCACCCAGAGUGAAAUUUACUUUUCUUCUUGGUUCGGAAGCUUUUUCUGUUGAUUCAAAAACAGGAAAACUAUCUCAACAGUUGGCAGAAAUGAAGGAAGAGAGUAUGAACAUACUGAAGGAAUACAUCACGAAGCACAAUGUACCAAAUGAUGUUCCUGAUGAACCUAUCGAGGCAUCAUCAGAGGAAGGUGAAGAAAAUAAUCCACCAAAGAAAUCAAAGAAGCAGAAAUGAUCCCUUCUGAAAUUUAGGGUUAUAAAUGUGCCUGUAAGAUGGCUACUUUCUUCCUUAUUUGUCCAGUCUUUUAAAAGCUUUGAAUGAGCAGCUUAACUUGUAACUUAGAACAAUGAAACAAUUGCCGUUAUUUGUAGAAUAAAUUCUCUUUAUCUUGCCUUUAUUGCA